AGAAGCCACAAGCAUCCACCACACCCAAAGCAAAACCGAAGUUUAGUGAACCAUGGCCAAGCUUUUCCAAACCCUAAUCCCAGUGUUUUCCUCCAUAGCCUUGCUCCUUGCCACCGCUAACUUGGCGCGGUCGCAGACAACCUCCUUCCAAUAUGAUUUCUACGGCCAGCAGCCGACCGACCUACUCCUCCAAGGCGACGCCCACUUCCCAUCCGACUCCACCUACCUCCGCAUGACCAACACCGACAGCUCCGGCAACCCGUUGCAAUACCGCGUUGGCCGAGCCGUGUAUUCCAACCCCAUCCAGUUUUGGGAAGCCGGAGCGCAGGUCGACCUCGAAACCACCGUAAAAUUCAUCAUCAACCCCAGAAGCGGCGACUCAAACCCCGCCGAUGGCAUCACCUUCUUCAUCCAGCCCGUUGACUCCCCAAUGGGUUUCACCGGCGGCAGCUACGGAAUCUUUGACACAUCCGGUCAAAAUCCAGCCGUCUUCGCGGUGGAAUUCGACAUCUUCUCCAACCCCGGAGUGGAUCCGAGUUACCGUCAUGUUGGGAUUGACAUUGGAUCAAAUGUUUCCAAAAACACAACCAACGUGGGCAACGCAUUUCUGGGGCAGGAAGUGACUGCCCGUAUCAACUACCAGCAAGCAACCAAAUUGAUUAGCGUUCAAGUCACGGCAGCCUCACAAAGUUUUGAAGUGAGCUAUGUGUUCGACUUGAGCACCAUUCUCCCUCAGCAGGUUGAGGUCGGAAUAUCAGGCGCCACCGGAGGCCAAGUCGCCGUUCACGACCUCGUAUCGUGGUAUUUCACUUCUACUCUUGUGCAUACCAGUGCCAACCGUGAAUUGGAGGAUGCCCACAUUCGCCAGUAUGUGUGAUUUUCAUGGUAGUACUGUUUGAGUGUGUGUAAGCUUAAUAAGGACGUUUAUAAUUAAGUCCAAAAAUAAGGCUAUUAACCAUCUUGUUGCUGUAUUAUGUUAUGUGUCACGUCUUUAUUAGUAUGAAUGGAAUGGAAUCAGUUUGUGCUGUUUAGUUA